AUCUUAAAUGGCGUACCCUGUGUAAAUCUUUUCCUCGCCGCCCCUCUUCCCUCUCCGCGACGCCUUCUCGCCGAGACUCUUCCCUCUGCUCGACGCCGUCCUCGCCGCGACUCUACUCUUCCCUCUCCUCGACGCCGUCCCCUGUGCGCGACGCUUUGUGAGCACCGCCGCCGGGCGCCGUUCCUCUCCCGGUGAGCUUUCUCCUGACUUUCUUUUUAUGGUUUGGGUUUCUUCUUCAAAAACGCUGUUUUGACUUAAUUUCUGCGAGGGAAGCAUCUUCAUCUUCAGAUCUUCUAAAACAUGCUCUAAGUACUCACUCUAUCAUCUUUUGCCUCAACUAUGAUUUAGUGCCCAUUGCUUCACUGAUUAGACCUCUCUUUUCAUGCACUGGUUUUAAAUUCUUGGGUUUGCUUCACUCGCGCACUGUGCUGUGCCGGUAGGGUACCGGUCCCAGAACAGUAAAAACCGUCAGUUUCGGGUGGUACGGGUCGGCACUUCAAACGCUGGAUGUAACUACACUAUGAUGUUCUUAUGUUUAUUGAAAAGUUCUUCAAGUGACAAGGAGUCUAAACACCCAAAAAAAAAAAAUCAAAGAGGGAAAAGAGGAUGUUGUAUAUUAUUGGAUUAGGCCUGGGUGAUGAGAGGGACAUCACCCUCAGAGGUCUUGAGGCUGUCCGCAGCUGUGACAAGGUCUAUGUUGAAGCCUAUACCUCCCUCCUCUCCUUUGGUCUUGCUUCUGAUGGUCUCUCCAGAAUGGAGAAACUGUAUGGGAAGGACAUUGUAGUUGCUGAUCGAGAGAUGGUUGAAGAGCAUGCAGAUGCUAUUCUCCGUGAAGCUUCUGAUUCCAAUGUUGCUUUCUUGGUCGUUGGAGAUCCUUUUGGUGCAACCACCCAUACAGACCUGGUUGUUCGAGCCAAAAAAAUAGGGCUGGAAGUCAGAGUCAUACACAAUGCUUCAGUUAUGAAUGCCAUAGGAAUUUGUGGUUUGCAACUUUACCGCUAUGGUGAGACGGUGUCAAUACCUUUCUUUACUGAUACAUGGAGACCUGAUAGUUUCUACCCGAAGAUCCAUCGAAACCGACAACUUGGCUUGCACACUCUCUGCUUGUUAGAUAUACGGGUGAAGGAACCAUCUUUCGAGUCAUUGUGCAGAGGAAAGAAGUGUUAUGAACCACCAAGAUAUAUGCAAAUCCACACUGCUAUUAAUCAAUUAUUGGAGAUUGAAGAAUCAAAUGGAAAAUCUGCUUAUGAUGCAGAAACAUGGUGUGUAGGAAUUGCUCGCCUCGGAUAUGAGGAUCAGAAGAUAGUUGCUGGAUCAAUGAAAGAUUUACUUGAUGUAGAUUUUGGUCUGCCUCUUCAUUGCCUUGUAAUAGUAGGCGAGACACACCCUGUGGAAGAGGAGAUGUUAGACUUUUAUUCAAUCAAGUCAAUAAAUGGAUAAAGAUCAAUUCCUGUAUGGUGAUACAUCUAUCUACAUGCAGGACAGAGAGCAUGGUGAUGGAGCGAUGCUUAGUUUUCAUGCUUGGCGAUUGGGGAAAACAUAAAUUUUAUAAACAUUUGCUCCUCUGUCCAACUGUUUUCUUAACGAUAUGUGGAAUUUAUAUAUCAUCUAAUUGAACAUUGACAUCGAUGUCGAAUUUACAUUAACAUUUUCAUGAUGCCGGCAACAUGAAAAUCAUAUGAUUUUUUCC